UCCUUUAUAACUUGUAUUGUAUAGAUACCUAACAUAUUAUAUUUACUUCUCUACUGUGUAUUCAACGAUUUUACACUGAAUUACUUUUUUUUAGAGACACAUUCAUAACCGGUCAACUACUCAUUUGGCGGCUAUGUUGGUCAUGGAUAGUAUUCAUAAUUUUCGUAUCCCUCUUGUACAUUUCCAACACGUUGUUGUUCCUGCUGUACCAAAGCACAUUGGCUACGCAAGACGAGCAUAUGAUCAGACCGCUGAUCUUUCCGAUGUGGUUGCCAGAAGACGACCCUUACAGGACACCGAACUAUGAAAUCUUUCUUGCUCUGGAAAUUGUACUCAUAUUUGUGGUGUUAGUCACCUUUGGCUUGUACGUAUACAUACUGUUCCACCUCCUGCUGCAUUACUACAACCUGAUGGACGUGAUCCUGAUCGCUCUCGACGAGUUGUUCAAAGGGCUGGAUGAUUCGGUAGUGGCACUGCCGAGUGAGCACCCGCGGAGGCAGGCAGUGCAAGACGAGCUAAAUGUCAGGAUGGCCCAGAUUGUACGCUGGCAUCUGUCAGUCUUCGAUUCUGUGGACGACAUAUCUUCAGUGUACGGUCCGACGCUGGUUUACCAAGUGAUGUUCAGUUCUAUAGUUAUUUGCUUAAUGGCAUAUCAGGUUGCCGAGCAAUUGUCGGAAGGCAAAAUAGACUACCUGUUUGGUAUCUUGGGCAUUGGCGCUUGUCUUCAGCUUUGGAUUCCGUGCUAUAUUGGGACUUUACUACGGAACAAAGGGUUUUUCGUUGGGGACCGCUGCUUCUACUGCGGGUGGCACGAGACGCCGUUAUCACGGCUGCUGCGGCCAGACCUCAUCAUCUUCAUACAGCGCACGCAGCGACCUGUCGCCAUCAAGUUUACCGGUCUACCGCAUCUGCAGCUUGAGACUUUCUCUUCGAUAAUGAGUAACGCGUAUUCGUUGUUCAACAUGCUGCGCCAGUACAAGUAAACAUUAUCCUGCAAGAUGGUCAUUAAAUUCUAGUACAAUUAGUGGAUAUUAUUUACAAUUAUAGGAUGGAAGUAUGAGAGGAUACAACUUCGUCAUUCUCGUUAAUGGGAUGGUUUGGAAUAAACUGCAUACUCGGGU